UAGAAACACUUUUGCUUCAAUUUGGGUGUGGGGUGAGAGACACCAGGUUGAUUUCAACCAAUCUUAUUCAAGUCUUGGUUUGAAAGUGACCAAUCACAUCACAUGCAAGUCUUCUAAAAAGCAUUUUCACUCAUCCAUUGCUUCAAACAUGAUCAUUUGGGCCAUUUUGAUCUUUUGGGCUCCUGGAGUCCGACCUAAUCACAAUGGUGAAAAUGUCUUGUUACAAAUAUUCCAGCUGGGAGAUGAUGUUACAAUCAAAUGCUUCUCGAUAAAAAGUUUUGGCAACACAAUGGUUUGGUAUAAACAGAGCAUUGGGCAGAUCCCUCGGCCUAUCGCAAUAUCGUACAGUUAUUUGAAAAAUAUUGAAUUUGAGGAUAAAUUUAAAAAUGGGAGAUUCAGUAUUUCAGCAAGUGAAGGAUCUUUUCACCUGAACAUCACAGCUAUGACCAAAGAGGACAUCGGAAUGUACUAUUGCGGGACGGUGUUCUUGAAUCAAAUAAAAUUUAUCUCUGGAGCAUAUCUGAUGCUAAAAGGAAGUGAAUCUAAAGACUUCAACAUGGCAUGUGGGGAGAGACCAGUUGUGAAUGGAACCACUUUUAAAAAUAAUGACAACAAUAAUCAAAAAGCAUGGGAUCCUGUGUUACUUUGCUUGAUAUCCUCCAAUGUUGUUUUUGUGAUAGUAAUUAUCACACUCCUUGUUGAUCACUGCAAACGCUGGGGGAAAAGGCAUAGAGGAUCUACAAAUCUAACAUCUCCAUCAUGUGAGAUUAGAGAUUCAGAUGUGAAUUAUGCAGCUGUGAGUUUUGCCUCUGCCCCUCCAGCCAGAAGAUCAAACAACAGACAUGUGGCUGAAUACAGUCAAGUGAACUACAAGCCGACAGAUCAUAUGAUUUAACAGAAUAUCUCCACAAAAUU